CUCCCUCGUGCGCAGGCGCGGAACCGUUGCCCGCCGAGCGGUUGCGGACCGAGCGGUCCAGAGCUCGCCUUGCCGAGGGGCUGAACUGUGCAGUCCCAGGUCCGGUCGCGCGGCUCGGCCCAGGCUGAGGCCUCGGCGUCCGCUUCCUGCGGACCGGUGGACAUGGAUCCCGUCGUCGUGGUCCACGGUGGCGGCGCCAGUAACAUCUCCAAGGACCGGAAAGAGCGAGUGCGGCAGGGGAUGGUCAGAGCCGCCACUGAGGGGUACAACAUCCUCAAGCAGGGAGGGACCGCCGUGGAUGCUGUGGAGGGAGCCGUGACCGUCCUGGAAGACGAUCCUGAGUUUAACGCAGGUCGUGGUUCUGUCUUGAACGUAAACGGUGAGGUGGAAAUGGAUGCCAGUAUCAUGGAUGGAAAGGAUCUGUCCACGGGCGCCGUGUCCGCAGUCCGCUGUAUAGCAAAUCCCAUUAAACUUGCACGGCUUGUUAUGGAGAAGACACCUCAUUGCUUUCUGACUGACCAAGGUGCAGCAAAAUUUGCAGCAUCUAUGGGAAUUCCAGAGAUUCCUGGAGAACAGCUGGUAACAGAGAGAAGCAAAAAGCACCUGGAAAAAGAGAAGCAGGAGAAAGGGGCUCAGAAAGCAGACUGCCAAAAAAAUUUGGGAACCGUGGGUGCCGUUGCCUUGGACUCCAAAGGAAACGUAGCUUAUGCAACUUCUACAGGCGGCAUCGUUAAUAAGAUGGUUGGCCGAGUUGGGGACACACCGUGUGUAGGAUCUGGAGGUUAUGCUGACAAUGACAUUGGAGCCAUUUCCACCACGGGGCACGGGGAAAGCAUCCUGAAGGUGAACCUGGCCAGGCUCACUCUCUUCUACGUGGAACAAGGAAAGACAUUAGAAGAAGCUGCUAACCUAUCACUGGGCUACAUGAAGUCAAGGCUCAAAGGUUUAGGUGGCCUCAUCCUGCUCAACAAAACAGGAGACUGGGUGGUCAAGUGGACCUCAGCUGCCAUGCCCUGGGCGGCCGCAAAGGACGGCAAGCUGCAUUCUGGGAUUAACCUUGAUGAAACCACAAUCGCGGACCUCCCCUGAGCCCCUGGAAGAUUGUAUUCUAGAGGCUAGCUUGGAGGUAAAGUGCAGUUUCCCGGUGUGGAGACGUAGCCUAAUCAAUUAGAUCUAGAGAUGGAAAAAUUACGCAGUCUGUCACUCAUUUUGUUGCCUCGAUCAAUAAGUAUCUGAAUGUUUGGUUGAGGGGCGGAUUUUUGAAGUGAUGAGAGAAACGCCCAUGUUAAAAUUAAAAUAAGACUAGCGAAGAUGACCAACUCUAGGGAACCUUUCUCCUACCCAGUCCUCAUCAGGUCUGCUUAGACGGACCCACCUCUGGGCAGGAAGUGCCUUUUGGAAUUGGGAGCCAGCAGGCAAAAGAAUGAAAAUCCUUCCUCUAGGGGAGGGUACACUGAUUUCCUCUGGAAAAGGUCCGACCUCUUACUUACUAAUGUAGACAUGCCUCCAAAGACUUUGAAAGCACAGUUUUUAGCCUAUAGCUCCCUGACCUGGAGAUAGAGGGUCAUGGUGGGGACUCCAUGAGGUUCCUUGGAAGUCUGAGGGUUUUCUUGGGUUCAUGUGAGCCAGCAUGGCUCAUCAGAGCCAGCCUCCACCUCUGGCCUCACCUAGUGAGUAACGGGGCUUGCACCCUCUCCAGCGAUGGGGAAUGGCUGACUGAGGCAGAGAUGGCCUGACCAUGUCCUAGGGAGUUCUCAUACUGCCUUCCCCCCCACGCCCCCUCCACUGAGUUAGGUGCUGGGCAGUGAGGUCAGCGUGGUAAAGAAAGCAGUCACCAUGGUGGAGAGUUUUCCUAAUCAUCUCUCGUUGCACUGGCAAUGGUAUUUCUGCUGUGACAUAGCUGCUCGAUUUUUGAGUCUGUCAGGGCUUACCUUCUUUCUGGAAAGAAAUUGCUUAACUUUAAAUUCCAUGUGCCACUAAUAAAAUGUAUUUUGAAAGAA